AUGUCUACGCAGUUGGAGAUAGAUAGCGGCUCGUCGUAUUCCUCAGAUGAAGCUGAAUCAAGUAAUGAUGUGGUUAUAUACCGACAUACUGCGUAAGAAAAUUAUGAAUUCAAUAGAAAAUGUAUUUUUAAUGACCGUUUAGUGAAGUUCGUUUGGAUAUGGACAACGAAGAAGUCGCUCAGAUAGUUUUGAAAGCGCUAGAAGUUGAUAAGGAGCCGAAAAGAAGCGGCGCUGUCCGUCAUUUAUCUCAAGAUGGAAAAUUUCUUAUUUUGUAAGUCUUUUUUAUCGAAAAACUUAGCGAAAAUUGGAAAUUUGUAGAAAAGUUCAAAGUAAGGAUAGGAAAUCGUUGCAAAAGUCGAUAUCGAACACUAUUGACAUGUGCGAAUUGUCGCGGUCGGCCGUCUCCCUUGCCUUUUCGAAGCCCGGGAUCGGAUCCAAGCGGCCCUAUAAACCAUGA